CGCUGGUUUAAAAGGGCUGAAGAAGAAGAUGGAGGAGGAGAUAUGACAGCCCUUAAAAGCUUGGCGUUAAAUAAUGUACCAGUCAAGAUGGGGCAGACCCUGUGUAUUUGCUCCCGUGGCUCCAUCACCAUUGAUAACAAAAAAUAUUACUUUGUGCAGAAACUAGACGAAGGGGGGUUCAGUUAUGUUGACCUGGUAGAGGGGGCAAAGGACGGGCGCUUCUAUGCCCUGAAGAAGAUCCUGUGCCAUGACCGUGAAGGCCGCCAGGAGGCGCAGACAGAGAUGGAGAUGCAUCAGAUUUUUAAUCACCCCAACAUCUUAAGCAUAGUUGCGCACACCUUUGUUGACCGUGGAGGCAAGACUGAAGCCUGGUUACUGCUGCCUUAUAUUGGAAAAGGCAGCCUGUGGUCUGUUUUGGAGAAGUUACGGGACAAGGGGAGCUUAAUGUCUGAAAAACAGAUUUUGCAAAUCUUCCGUGGUAUCUGCUCUGGACUCAAGACCAUGCAUGAAAAAGGCUAUGCACACAGAGACCUGAAGCCGACAAAUGUGCUUCUGGAUGAGGACGAUAGGCCGUUUCUGAUGGACCUGGGCUCCAUGAACCGUGCUAGGAUUGAGGUUCGAGGAACCAGAGAAGCCAUGACCAUACAGGACUGGGCAGCGCAGCGGUGCACCAUCUCCUACAGGGCUCCUGAACUCUUCAAUGUAGAGAGCCACUGCAUUAUAGAUGAGCGAACUGAUAUCUGGUCACUGGGCUGUGUGCUUUACUGCAUGAUGAUGUUGGAGGGGCCGUAUGACAUGGUAUUUCAGAAGGGGGACAGCGUGGCCCUGGCUGUCCAGAAUCCAGUGACCAUCCCACAGUCGUGCAGUUACUCGGGGAGCCUGAAGAUGCUGCUGAGCUCCAUAAUGAUGUCCAAUCCGCAGGAGAGACCAAACAUCCACUGGGUUCUGGACCAGGUACAGGAUCUGCAGAGCUGCAGCCCCAACACGCAAACCAACAUGGUGUGAACAUGCACGGUGAACUGGACGUGGGUGUCAUGGAAACCUUUGCACACACAAAUGAACGUAUUUUAUUUUUAGCUUGAAGAUCUUUUCUUUUUAUUUAUUGACUUGAGUAUAAAAGUUGAGGUGCUGACUUUCACUCAGCAUGGGGAGCUUGGCAACAGUUUUAGCAUUCAGUUUGAAUCCUAAGAUCCAGCCUGCCUCUCACAGGCGGCUCCUGUAGUGAUAGACCUGAUCUGAAGAAUCUGAAGGGCCUUACAUGUGUUUUCAACCUGCAAUAUAAUGCUCUUGGCAAGGUAGAAAUGUUGCUUCUAAUUCAAAGCAGCUUUUCCGUAUCAUUUGAAAGGGAUAGUUCGACAUUGUGCAAAAAUUGCUCUUCCGAGAUUUGCAUGAUCGGAUAAAAACCACUCUCAUAUCUGUCCGUUAAAUUUAAAUCUGGAGCCAGUCUGUUAGCUUAGCUUUGCAUAAAGACUGGAAAGAGGGAGGGACAGCUAGCCUGAUGCUGUCUAAAUGUAAAAAGUCUGCCGACAAGCACUUUACAAACUCUUCAUCAUGUAAUAUAGUGUUUGUUUAAUCUGUACAAAAACAAAGUGAAAAUAAUAAUAAUAAUGAUAACAAUAAAGUGGUUCGUUGUAUACUUACCACAGGACAUAGCGUGGUGAGCUUUAGAUGUGCUGGUAUGCCAGAUUUCGAUAACUUUAGAUUAAGCGAGGCUAGCUGUUACCAUCUGUUUUCAGUGUCUAUGCUAAGCUUAGCCUAUCCAAUUGUGCUAAUUUCUAAAUAUUACUUAAAAAAGUUUUUGUCUUAAGUUUGUGUAUCUAAUAGGAAAAAGGGAUGACAUUAAAGCUUUGCCGAACUGUCCGGUGGAUGGGUUUAAUAUGUAUCUUGAUUUCAUUCCCUACCGAGAAGGAAACGUUCCACUUCCUUUUAUUUUUUUAAUCUUAAUUCCUGAGUGUUUAUUGUGUGUAACAUCUUGUGUUACGCUUGUGUGCUGUAGUCACAAAUAUACUACUUGGCCUUCAGCUUUUCUCCUCACUUUAACUCGUACUGUUUUUGUUUGUAAUGGGGGGAAAGCUUAGAGGCAGAAUGCUCCUCACCUGCAAUGCUGCAUUUAAACACACAGUGGUGCUCCUCCAUCACGGCUCCACAUGUUGACAUGAAGAUGUUUCUGUCUGUGCAGCUGAUGAUGUGUGAAGAGGCUCUUUUGUAAAACUCAACAAAGAGUGUCUGCGUACGGGUCAGGUGUUACUGUAACUGUACUUUCACGAUAGAGAAUGAACUUUUUAUCACUUUAAGGAAUUUCAUUUUUUUUUGCAUUUGUCAUAUCCACCAUUGCAGUUUAACCUUCACUUUUCACUGUAUUGUUUUAAAAAUAUAUUUUUUUUUUUUCAUUUCUGCUCUACUCGUGGUGAAUUCUGAUUUUCCUGUCAUGUGUGAAUGAGGUCUCACUAUUUUUGUUCUCUCAGGGUUUACCCAUAUUAUUAAAGGUCUGAAGUAGUCAACCUCAAUGGUACCUUUCUUUUCAAGGACAAGUGUGUAGGUUUUAGGAGGAUUUAUUGGCAGAAAAUGUAAAAUAUUAAUAAAAACUACAGUAUGUUUUCAUUCCAGUAAUAUCAUCUGAAACAAGGAAUUGUUUAAUUAUUGGGACAUUUUGAAUGACCCCUUCAUAGUAAGAGAUCCUCUUCCACAGGGUCGGCAAUGUUUGACUGCCAUAUUUUCGGCCUGAACAGAAAAACCACACUCUGGCUCUAGAGAGGGUCUUUCAUGAUUGUAUUUUUUCCUUAAGGCCACCGUAGUUCUCUGACAUGCUUGAGAUUGGAGAUCUGUUCAGUAGCAAUCUGCUUCAACCUCAACCCUAUGUGCCUCUAAAUUCUACACACUUGACCUUUUUUAAAACCAUCGUUUAAUGAAAUAAUACUUUGGGCAUUUAAGUUGAGAUGGGUGCUUUCGUGACCCUGUAUGCGGUGAUAUUGGACCACAUUAGAAUCCUUAAUGGUUAACCUUUACAUUAAAUUGUUGGAGUUGAAAUUGGCAUAAGGUUUAAAUAUAUAAUCUUUUUAAUAAUACGUUUUGAAAAUGUCUGAAGAUGAUUUUUUUUUGUUUUGUUAAUACCAUGGAGCUAGUAAAAUCAUUUUAUAUUUUCUAAGUGUACGGAUGGAGUUCACAGAUAUUCGAAGGAAAGAAUGUGUUAUUUAUUUAUGAACAAUUCUGUUUUAUCUCAUGAAUUGCAAAGAAUAAAUAAAGAAUAAAUAUGUA